CUGAAAGCUAAUAAAUAGAAGUGCAGUAGCGUCUGAAGAAUAGUGUACGUAAAAAAGUGUUUGUAGCCAGGCGUGAUAUAGCUAUAUCAGUGAACACGGAACAGUAUCUCGGCAGAUCAGAAACCCCGGACCCUGGACCGAAGAAGGCAGAUGCUGCCUCGUCAGCAAAAUCACCCCAAAUGUCGGGUGAUAAACCGGUAAAGAGGGCUGGGAAAAGGCCAGGCCGUAAACCCUCUAAAAUCGACUUCAAAGCGAAACUAGAACGGAGUCGCCAAAGCGCCCGUGAAUGCCGUGCGAGAAAGAAACUGCGGUACCAGUAUCUGGAAGAACUGGUCGCUCACAGGGAAAAGGCGAUUUAUUCCUUAAGAGAGGAACUCAAUUCCUACAAGAAUUGGUGUAUUCAAGCGGAUAACGGAAUCGUUUCGAAAGAACUCCUUAAGAACAUUGUCGGUCGUCAUGACAACAUCGCCGAAGCGUCGACGUCUUACGCACCUCGCUAUGUGGCGCCAUUAUCAGCAAGGGAAGGUCACUCCAACCCGUCGGUUACGAGAGCCUCAAGUUUCCCGGAACAGAUAACAGUUGGGGGUGCUUUCACCCGUGCAGCAAGUUUUCCUGAAAGUGAAUCCAUUGUUUACAGUCGCCCACAGCAAAGCACUGUUCACCCACAUGACAUUUUCCCAGGAAGGACUGCCCAAGUUUUAGAUAGUUCAAAUUAUGUAACUUCUAGCAUUUACAGUUUAGCCGGUUCCUAUUCUGAACCAAACAGGACUACACCGACCAAUCAGAUUCGUGAAUUACGCGGUACUGACCGACUAACCGGUGCAGUCCAGUUCGUUCCCAAGACGACGACGUCAUUUCCCGUGACGUCUUCGGAGAGCCAGUCCGUGCCAGUGAAGAGUAGUUUCGACGUGCCGUCUGACAACACCGCUUUCCAGGAUGCCUUUGACAUACUGUCCAAACUGGAAGCGGCCAAUUCGUCUCGAUUCGUUUCAACCUGCACGAGCGACAUCCCGUUUACCUAUAGCCAUUCGCACUCGCCCAGCCAAUCGUCGUUCUCGGAGCAGCAGCCGUCGACCUCGACCGGGGUCAAAGGUCACGACAUGCAGCCUUCUUGGUACUCCAUACUGACCGAGCUAGAACCUCACCAUUCGAGACAAGGAGCAGAAUCUACUUCCGGAACGCCAACGAUGGGAACACCGAAAUUAGCCGAGGAUGACGUGUCUCUUCCCACUGUCCUUUGCGACUUGGUAGAUAGUAGUACGGACUCUUCCGAUGGAUAAUUAGUGCUCAUUUGUAUAAAUAAUUAAUGUUGUGUUUUGUGUCGGACGUGGAAAGAGGGAAUUCGGAAAACCAGGCAGCAAAUGGAAGUCUUAAUUAGACAAGGGCAGAGGGGCGGUUAAAAGGCAGCUGGUAUAUGAGAAAUCAAAACAAUUUUAAAAUGGUGCUGUGACUAAUAAACCAAAGUGUGAAAAAAGGUUGUUCGUUUUGUCCACAUAUACAUUUUGGAAUUUAUGACAAUCGAGUGCAGAUUACUAAUAUUCUGGAUGUGAAAAGAUCCGAAAAGGGUCAUCUUGACGACGAAAUAAGAAACUAAUGAAGCCAAAAAGACAAGGCACCAAAAGGAAGGAAGACUUGUUUUUAGUGUAAACAUCAAUUGUUAUUAUUUAUUGUGUUGUGUUGCUAUAGACACCAUUCAUGAAGAAAAUUAAUUGUUAAAAUUUAAUUGUUUGAAAUAUUGUUUCUAAGCUGUUUUACAAUGCAAACGUGGUAUAUUUAAUACAGGGCACAUAUUGUUUAACUAUAUAACAUUAUUUUUAUAUUACUGUAUACGUUGUUCUAUUGAUCUUUGACAUUUUAACAGCAGGGAGAGAGUAUUUAAUAGGCAUAUAUAGUGGGGAGGGAGAGAAAGUGAAAGAACGUGAUAGAGAGAGAGAGAGAGAGAGAGAGAGAGAGAGAGAGAUAUUGACAGAGGUAGGGAGAGACGAAUGGAGAUCAAGAGAAAAACCACCUUUAUCUAGUCAGUAUCGUUUAUAUUUUUAUAAAUCUUUUGCUAGAUUUUAUUACUAUUUUAAAGUCAAACUGUAAUUAAUUGUUAUUAUGUUAUAUCUAAACCAAUUUGAUAUUGAUCUUUGUGUCUUUUUGUGCAUUUGUUCUCUUACACAUAUUUAUAAAAAGUAAAUAAAUUUUGAGAUUUAUUCAUUGUUUUGUAAAUAGAAAAUGUAACCAUAUGUUCUUAAACCUUCGGCUGUGUUCGGAAAUACUCGGCUAUGUUCGUUACUUAGUACCAUAGGCUGUUACAAAUAUGAUAUUCUUCAUGUGUAAUGGCCGGUUUACUUUAUUAUAAAUCUUUGUUUUAUACAAUCAUCAGUGAUAUUUGUAUUUAUUACUAAUAUAUUAAUCUGAAAGUUGUUCAUUGGCCCUACACCCGAGUAGUUCCGAACGGACAAAUCCGAAAGUCUCCGAACAGCCAACAUCAUCUUUGGCUGUAUGACAAGAAUAAAUCUCAAAACUGCUUGGUAAAUAUACGAACAAUACCCAUAGUAUUAAUGGAAAACAAAUGGCUGGACAUAUAUGUAUCUAUUGUUAUAGAUUACACUUUUCGUUUGGUUUUAUCUUUUAUGUUAGUGCAGGGCGCACAUUCAGUCAAUACUUUCUUUCUACGUCCGUUCGGACUGGUUGUAUGUUACUGAUUAAACUUAUUGAUCUGCUCAUUUUAAAAUGCACUUAUUGGACUGAAAUUAAAAGGACAGUAUAUUACCCAGAUCUGUAAUAUUUUAUAAAUUAUUUAUUUUCUUUA